AUGACGUCGACGGCGGAUACUGUUCAUGCGCUGUUUGCGGAGGCUGUGGCGGUCAUUGUUCGUCGUGGGUGGAUUCAGACUGACACUGUGGAGGCUAUCGCGGCGGUCGACAAGAGUCUAAGAUCGCUUGUGGAGCGUCAGAAACUCCGACGAUUAGCUGUUUGGAUCUCAGGAUUUCCUGAUGCGUCGAGAUUUCGCUAUUGGCUGCAAGCUGGAGAUGUAGCGACGCUAAUCAAGGAUAUUCCAAAAGGAAUGAGCAGUCGAGACUUCUAUUUACGGAAGGCGGACAUAAAAAAACUGGAAGAUAGGGCGAUACUUAAAGCCACAGGAGUAGAAGGUGAAAUCGACCGCGACAUUGAGCGCACAUUUCCUAAUGAUCGUUUUUUCUCGGAUGAUGGUGACGGUAAACGUUUGCUUGGAAAUGUACUAAAAGCCGUUGCGCUUUAUGCUGAUGACGUUGGGUAUUGCCAAGGGAUGAAUUAUGUUGUCGCUUCUUUGCUGCUUGUGAUGAAAGACGCUGAAAAUACUAUGGCGCUUAAUCUUGACAAUUUCUCUAUGCAAGAGGUCGCAUUUUGGCUAACACUUGCUUUGAUUCGACGCAAAGGGAUGGACGAGUUGUGGAAGCAUAAGAUGCCAGGGCUCUCGCGAUGUAUUUUUCUCUUCCAGCAACUUUUAAAGCAGCACUUCUAUGAUCUAUCUGCCCACUUUCGACAAAUUGGAAUGCACUCCAGCAUCAUGGUCACUCAGUGGUUUGUUACAGUGUUUGCUCGAGUUCUUGACACUCAAACACUUGUUCGAGUUUGGGAUCUAGUCUUUAUGGAUGGAUGGAAAGCUGUAUAUCGAGUAGCUCUCGCCCUUAUUGCAAGGUUACGACCAACGCUUCUUGCCAUGGACCUUGAGCAGUGCAGUGAGUUCUUACGAUGGAAUCCCAAACUAGGACUAGAAACAGUCCUAAGCCCUAGUAUUUUUCUUGAACAUGCGCUGAGCUACAAAGUGACUCGCUUCAGUUUGAAACAAUUGGAGGAAGAGCGACAUCUUGAGUAUCUUCGUCUCCGUUUGCAGCAAACGCCAUUAUCAGAGGAGCAUCGCUUGCUCUUCCCAACACUUCAACAGGAUGGUGACAUCAGUGCUAAAAAGAAAGCUCUUGAACUCAUUCGCUCAAAGCUUGAGCGCUAUGACACAGAUGUUGCAAGUGAUACUAUAGUUCUUCAAAACAAAAUCGAAGCCGCCGAGAAAGCACAUGCCUCGACUAUGUCAGUUUGCUACGCCAUUGCUUACGAGUUGUCCGAGUCUACGAUUGAACUAAAAGAGCGAAUUGAGAUAAAAAGGCGUCUACGCGCCAAAUUUCGUUCGCGAUUGAAUACCGCAAUUAAUGAAGCGACCACAUCAUCCUCUGCAAACGCUUCAGCGCCGAGAUUUACGAUGUGGGGAAAUCCGUUUGAGUUUCUUAACGAACGCAUGGCAAGUUGUUUGGAUCGCUUGCCUCUUGUUUCAAAAUGGUUGGACACUGAACACGAGCUUCAUGUUGCUAAUAUUGAAACUGAUAUCGAAAAUGAUGAGGAGACACAACGAACAUUACGGCACCUCGAGAUGUUGGUGCCACACUUAACAGCCGAACUGCGUUUAUUGCAACGCUCAAUUGCUUACAACGAGCGCUUCCUGCAGCCCUUGUUACAACGAACACGGCUUCUCCAACGUGACGCCGAGCUGGCACGCAUUGAAGUGGAAGAAGCGCAGGUUUUCAAGGAUCGAUUAGCCGAUCAAUUGCUGCAAAUCAUGCUGACGAGCGAAAAGCUUAAGAACAAACGAAUGCAGCAGUUAUUCGCAGAGGUUGACCAGAACGGCAGCAUGAAGUCAAAGACAUGA